AUGCCACAUCAUCAAACAUCUUACACGGAGCUGAAGAGAAAUCCAGGACCCGGCACUGCCACGUCGCAGGACGAAGAGAACAGCAAGGCAAUCAGAUACAAAAUUUGGUAUAGGGACGAUGCUGGUGAACCCAUAAAAGAAGACGAACAAUACAAACCAUGGCCCAAACUCAUGACCGCGGAAGAAGACGAGACGAGUGGCACUGACUCGGUCUUGGACAUUAUCACCUAUGUCUCCAUCAGACAGAUCGCCGUCAGCACUCCCGUGAGCAGUCAGUCCGGUGCUGCAGCCGCUGGAACGACAUCUACCCCUUUGGGGAGAGAGAAACCAAACCAGUCCAGGGCAAAGACAAAGACCUCGAGAGCCAGAACCUUGAAAUAUCGUCGAUCGGCUCGAUAG